UCCAUGCUGAAAAAAUCUGCGUUGAAAAAACUGCAACUAUUAGGUGAUGGCUUCUUUAGAUCAAGGAGGAGAUGGUUACCAUCAAAGUGGGGUUGCCAGAAUAAAAGCAGAGUUCUUGGACCCAAAUCACAAGCCAAGGACAGCAGAGGUUCUACCAGAGGAGGCCAAAGCAGAAAUAGAACAACACACCCAGGAACAGUCUGAGGGAGGACCUCCUAAGAAAAAACUAAAGGGGCGCAACAAGAAACGCCCAAGGCAGCAGCACAACAGAGGGACGCAAAUUUGUAACAGUUUGUUCACUGAAAACCCUUGCAAGUUUGGGGAGAAAUGUAAAUUCAGCCAUGAUCUAGAUGGAUAUAUGAAGAAUAAACCAAAAGAUCUAGGAGAAAAAUGCUAUAAUUUCACAACAUUUGGUUAUUGUAAAUAUGGACUGGCAUGCAGGUUUGCUGCAACACAUACCUCGGAUGAUAUGAAAAAUAUGAGAAAUGAUGAGCUCUAUGAAAAAACAUCUUCCGAAGUUCAAUGGUUUAACAAUCUUGAUAAAAAUCUGCAGAUUAAACUACGAAAGAGAGAGUAUGACUUUACAAGAAGCCAAACGGCUCUUCAAAAACAUAGUCAUAAAAAAGAGCAGAACUCAGGUGAUGCAGUUAUUAAAAAGAAUAUGGACUCAACCAAUGACAAUGAAGAUAAAGCUCAAUCAAAUGAAAUUGAUACAAAUCCAAUUGAUACCAAAAUCCAUGAUGCUGAUAAAAUCCCUUCUGAAACUAAUAUCAAAUCAGAAAUACAAGAUACACAGAAGGCAAAUCAUAAAGUCAAAGAAAAUAAAGACAGUACAACCACUCCAACAAGUGAAACAGUCCCUGCUAUAAGAACAAUGGGUGCCCUCACAGAUGAAGAUACUAUCAAACUGAGGCCACAAGAAAGAAAGAAGGUUGACUUCUCAGACAAGCUGUACCUGGCUCCUCUGACUACAGUUGGGAACCUCCCAUACCGCCGUGUCUGCAAGGAGUAUGGGGUUGAUAUAACAUGUGGGGAGAUGGCUAUGUGUACCAACUUGCUCCAAGGGCAACAGUCAGAGUGGGCACUGUUGAAGAGACACCACACAGAGGACAUAUUUGGAGUACAGCUGUGUGGGGGAUUCCAGGAUACAAUGACAAAGUGCGCCCAGGUUAUAACAGAGACCACCAAUAUUGACUUCAUUGACAUCAAUGUCGGCUGCCCUAUUGAUCUAGUCUUCAAGAGGGGUGAGGGCUCUGCAUUGAUGGGGCGAACAGCCCGAUUUGAGACUAUCAUAAAGAGUAUGCAGGAAGUGAUAGAUGUCCCUUUAACCGUGAAGAUGAGGACUGGUAUCUAUGACGACAAGAACAUUGCCCACCAGUUGAUACCCAAGUUGAAAGACUGGGGUGUGCCCAUGUGUACUUUACAUGGCAGAACAAGAGAACAGAGGUAUACAAAACUUGCAGACUGGGACUAUAUAAAACAAUGUGCAAAGGCAGCCAAACCCAUGACAUUCUUUGGUAAUGGUGAUGUCAUGUCAUAUCAAGAGGCAAACCUCAGGAAGGAAACUACAGGAGUGUCAGGUCUCAUGUUGGCUAGGGGUGCCCUCAUUAAACCCUGGGUCUUCACAGAGAUCAAGGAGCAGCGGGACUGGGAUAUAAGCUCAGGGGAACGUCUUGAUAUGCUACAACGCUAUGCUAAUUAUGGCCUAGAGCAUUGGGGCUCAGACCAACAGGGUGUCGACAUUACAAGAAAAUUCCUAUUAGAAUGGCUCUCUUUCUUAUACAGAUAUAUCCCAGUGGGUAUAUUAGAACAAGCUCCUCAGAGGAUCAAUGAGAGGCCACCUUACUAUGUAGGUCGCAAUGACCUAGAAACACUCAUGGCUAGUGGCAACUGCGCAGACUGGGUGAAAAUUAGUGAGAUGCUACUUGGACCUGUCCCUGAUGGAUUCACAUUCUUGCCUAAACACAAGGCCAACUCCUACAAAUAGUGGACACUAUAGUGAUAUUAGCAGAUGUAUAGCUCAACAUUUUGAAGCACACACCUCAGAAAUGUGUUAUAUAGACUCCUAUUAUGGACAUCUUAUCAUCAACAGUGCCUGGUAUAAGGAGCUUAUACAGAUUCUUUUGAUGGUUUUAUGAAUAUUGGACAUUUUGAUGACAAUUUUUAUUUUAAGCACCAAACAGUUAGUCACUUAGUGUAAAACUAAUUUAAUUUAAAUAGACAAUAUGAAAAAUGUGACUACCAUACUUUGUUUAGUUCAGGUAGUUGAAAAGUAAGUGCAGCUUCUAAAUAGUCUUGUUGGCUGUAUGAAAAUGUAAAAGUAAUAU